AUGGCUCGUCAGGGUCAUGGCUUCUUGACCAGUCUUCCCAUUCGAAUUAUCAAGACAGAUCAGCCAGAGGGUGUUCUUGUUGAUGUCGCCAAGGACGGAAAGGAAAUCGGCGAGAUUGUAUUCUUCGGUAACAUCUGCGCCAAGGAGUAUUUCAAGGAUGCCGAUGCCACCAAGAAAUUGUUCGAUGGCGGUGCGCUGCACUCUGGGGAUCUCGCAGUCUGGCAUCCGGAUGGAUCUGCUCAGAUUCUCGAUAGAGCAAAGGACAUCAUCAUUUCAGGUGGCGAGAACAUUUCUUCGGUGGCUCUCGAGGGCAUGCUCGUACAACACCCUGAUCUAUUGGAGGCGGCCGUAGUUGCUGUGCCUGAUUCGCAUUGGGGCGAGCGUCCUAAAGCCUAUGUGACUGUCAAAGAAGGCAAGAGUUUGAAAGGGGAAGACCUGAUUUCGUGGGCGAAGCACCAGAGCAACAUCUCCAAGUUCAUGGUGCCUCGGGAGGUUGAAGUUGUUGAUGAACUGCCCAAGACUAGCACUGGAAAGCUGAAGAAAAAUGUCUUGAGGGAAUGGGCCAAGGGAAAGAGGGAGUAA